AUGGAAUUAUUUAAAACUGGUGGUGGAAGACCAACACACAAAAUACUAGAUCCAAUGCAUGAUUCUAUUUUAACAUUAAUGAAUAGUAAAACAGUCAAAGGGCUUAAUAAUAUGUUUGAUUCUGAUACAAUAAUACUUGAUUCUGAUUCAACAAACAUAUUUACCUCUGUUUCGAAUGCAAAUAACACGCUUGACAGUGUGACUAACAGUACUAUGGAUCACAACAAUGAAUCAGACUCAAAUACGGAAGAAUGUUGUAUGUAUGAAGUACUAGAGGAAGAUUAUUCGAAGGAAAUGAAUAAUACACACACAACAUAUAAUAUAGAUGUUAAUUCUAAUAUGAGUGCAUCGCAAAACAAGAAGGAAGUAAAGAAAACAAAACCAACAUUAAAUUGGCGUACAUAUGUACCGGAUAAAUUAAAAACAUCUAAGCAUACAGCAUUAAAAGUAAAUGAAAGUAAUACAUUUCAAGAUCAAGGAGAAUCAUCCAAAGAAAACGAAACGAAUACAUCUAAAACUAUAACUCGACGACGUAGACCAUCGACAAUGGCUCUUAACAGCUCUCACAUUUCUAAACAAUAUAGUGAUUUAGCAGAAAUUAAAAUGGAGCUUGCAAAGUUGCAGUUAAUAGCUCAAAAGGAAGAAAUGGCAGUUAAACAAAAACAAAAUGAAUUUGAAUUUGAAUUAAGGAAAAAGAGUUUAGAAUUAGACAUAGAACUUAAAAAGGCACAGUUGAAAAGAUUGCAAGCAAGUUCUUUUAUUCAACAGCCUUUUAAUAUUAAUUAA